UACACAUGCUGGUGUCACGAGUACAACGCCGUCAAAUACAUACCUUUGUGUCAACAUCCACCACCGCCACCACUAGAAGACCUUUGCCCCCGCAAGAAGCGAUAAGGCACACUUCUGAUCGCUCGCACAGCAUAACAUUGUCUGCUGUUCACCUGCAAACGCGUCUUGGCUCGCCAAGGGCCACGACAGCCCAUCAGUCUUCUUGUUCAUCUCACGCAGACAGUCAAGAUGGCAUCUCGCGGGAUGCUGACCGCCAGACUGGGCUCACAUCUGACGAGUGCGCGGCAGAUGAAAGAAUGGGGAGCAUUCGGGGUCGUCAGCAAUACACGGUGGCUCUGCAGCACAACCUCUCGCUCCUCGCACCUCUCUACCUCCGUUCUGCCAUCCUCUAUCAACGCCUCAUCGGAUGUCUACAAGGCCAACGCAGCGUCCAUGGACGCCCUUGUCUCUUCGCUGGACACUCUCCACGGGCGCAUCUCGCUAGGAGGAUCAGAAAAGGCGCGAGCGCGACACGUGCAGAGGGGGAAGCUUCUGGCGAGAGACAGGAUAGGUGCGCUGCUGGAUCCUGGCAGCCCUUUUCUGGAGCUGAGCACGCUAGCGGGCUGGUCAGUGUACGACAAGGAAGAUGAAGUACCUGCAGGAGGUGUCAUCACUGGCGUCGGCAAUGUUUCAGGCACGCCCACCUUGAUCCUGGCCAAUGACCCAACGGUGAAAGGAGGCUCAUACUACCCCAUCACUGUCAAGAAGCAUCUCAGAGCGCAGCAGAUCGCGCGAGAGAACAGAUUGCCUUGCGUCUACCUGGUCGAAAGCGGAGGCGCUGCCUUGCCUUAUCAGGCCGAUGUCUUUCCCGAUGCUCAUCAUUUUGGAAGGAUCUUUGCAGAGAUGGCGCAAAUGUCAGCAUUAGGAAUCCCGCAAAUCGCCGUUGUACACGGAAUUAGCGUCGCUGGAGGAGCAUAUGUGCCUGCGAUGGCCGACGAGACUAUCAUCGUGCGAAAGCAAGGUACCAUCUUCUUGGCAGGUCCACCGCUCGUAAAAGCGGCCCUUGGAGAGGAGGUGGAUGAUGAGACCCUGGGCGGUGGAGAGAUGCACUGCUCUGAGAGUGGUGUUACGGAUCAUUUGGCAGUCGACGACCACCACGCUGUCGCGCUGGCUCGAGAAUCGGUAGCAAACUUGGCUCUUGGGGCCGGCGGCUCGCACUCGCGGACAAAUCUUUCGCUGCCUUCGCAUGCAGUUGACGAGCCCCUCUAUCCAGCUUCGGAGCUUCACGGCAUCGUCCCUUCAUCCUUGCGGCAGCCCUUCGAUAUGCGAGAUGUGAUUGCUCGCAUCGUCGACGGUUCGCGCUUUCACGAAUUCAAGAAGCUCUACGGGACAAGCAUUGUGACCGGCUUUGCCUCCAUUGCGGGGCAACCAGUGGGCAUCAUUGGGAACAACGGCAUUCUCUUUGGCGAUUCCGCCAAGAAAGCGACAUCCUUUGUUCAGCUUUGCAACCAACGCCAAAUUCCCCUCGUCUUCUUGGUCAAUGUGACGGGCUACAUGGUCGGAUCGAGGGCAGAGAGGGAGGGGAUAGCGAAAGACGGGGCCAAGAUGGUCAGAGCAGUAGCUACGGCUGAUGUCCCGAAAUUCACAGUGGUUGUGGGUGGAUCUUAUGGAGCGGGCAACUAUGGCAUGAAUGGACGAGCGUACUCUCCAAGAUUCCUGUGGAUGUGGCCCAAUGCCAGAAUUGGCGUGAUGGGAGGAGAUCAGCUCUCGAGCGUCAUGGGCAGCGUUUCCUCUUCUGCCUCUUCACAAGAAAGUACGCGAAAAUUGGCAGAGCAGAUCGAGCACCAGAGCACUGCUGUGUAUGCUAGCGCCAGGCUGUGGGACGAUGGGAUUAUUCGACCUGCGGAUACGAGGGGCGCUCUGGCUAUGGGCCUGCACAUUGCAAACGAAGGGAGAAGGAAAAGCAGGGAGAGGGCCGCUGUUCAUCCCGCGUGGGAUGGCAAUGCUUUUGGUCAGGGAGUCUACAGG